ACAUCCUAAACAAAGACACACAGAGAGAAGAAUAUUCUCAUCAAAGAAAGGUGUGGUGGCUGCUGCGAAAGCUUCAUCUGUUCCAAAAACAUUAGGGUUUUCGCAGCAGCAUAUAACAUGUCUCCUUCUCUCUCGCAAGCCAAAUCUCUCCGUCUCCUUCUUCCUUUUCAUCGGCGAGGUUAUGCAGUUGCGUCUGAUGUUUCGGCAAGAGUUGGAUUGGGUAAUAAUAUUGGGCGUAGGAGUGGAAUCGUGGGAGGUGCAGAAGAAAAGCCGGUGACAAGAGAUGGUGCAAAAGCCUAUUCCGAUUGGGCCCCAGACCCAGUAACCGGUGACUACAGGCCCAUGAACCACACCCCUGAAAUUGACCCGGUGGAGCUCCGACGGAUGUUGCUUAAGCACAAGUAGAGUUGAAAAAGGAACUGCUUCAAAUCACGUAGGAUUUGGCUUGGCGGUAACCUUGUGUUAAAGUAUGGUCAACAGUUUAAGUUAAAUUAUGUCGUAUAAUAAGCUAAACAAAGAAGACUGGGAUAUGGUUUUUAUAAUAUUGUGCUAUAUUAAUUUCUGCUUAUCUUUCUA